AUGCGUCUCUCACUUCUCCUGGCGGGCGCCAUUAAUCUGGUUGCCACCCAGGCUAUCGCAACCUCGCGCUGUACUCCUGAGACCUUCACUCCCCAUCUUUCUUCCAAUGCUUCCUUGGUCUACGCAGUUCCGUAUGGACCCAACGAUACCUUUGUUGGCCCGUUGGGCAACUACUCCGGUCUCCCCGAGUAUUGUGCUGUUUAUGUCAACGUGAGCUCGUCUGCUACCUCUUCCUACGAAUUCGGUCUUUGGCUGCCCAUCAACACCUGGAACAAGCGCUACAUGGCCUAUGGAAAUGGUGGCUUCACUGGAAUGGUCGCCUUUGCCGAUAUGGCACCCGGUCUUUUCUACGGUUUUGCCACCGUUUCCACUAACACUGGACACAACUCCUCUGUGACUGAGGCUGGCGAUGCAGGCUGGGCUCUCAACAACCCCGAGACUCGCACUGACUGGGGAUGGCGUGCACUCCAUGGCUCCGUUGCCCUUGGCAAGGAGCUUACUGAAGCCUUUUACAGCGAAGAUAUCAGCUACUCCUACUACGCUGGUUGCUCUACUGGUGGUCGCCAAGGUCUAAAGUCCGUCCAGAUGUUCCCCGACGACUUCGAUGGUGUUCUUGCUGGUGCUUGCGCUUGGUGGACCACUCAUCAGCAGAAUUGGGACCUCAAGCUCGCCACCUACAACCUUCCUAACAAUGCCAGCCACCACAUCACCGAGACUCAGGUGGAUGCUUUGGCCACUGAAGUCCUCCGUCAGUGCGACGAAGUCGAUGGUGUCAAGGAUAACAUCAUCAUGAACGGCUAUGCCUGUGACUUCCGUCCCGAAACCCUUCUUUGUGAUGGUCCCUCCGCCAACAAGUCGACCUGCUUCACCGCCGAUCAGAUUGACACUGUCUACAAGAUUUACAGCCCCUGGGUUGAGACCAACGACUCCUUUGUCUUCCCCAGCUUUGCCUACGGUUCUGAAACCCAGUUCGCUCAAAUGAUCACGACCGACGACGACGAGCAGGACAGCCCCAGUGGUAUUGCCUACCCUCGUGACUUUGUCUAUAAUGAUGCCAACUGGCCCUGGGAGAACCUGGACUUCUCGACCAUUCAGCUGUCUGAUCAACUGGAUCCUGGCAAUGCCACUGCCGGUGACUUCGAUCUCCGUCCCUUCAAGAACAAGGGCGGUAAGCUGAUCCAUUACCACGGAUUCGCUGACGGAGAGAUCCCCACCGGCUCCAGCAUCUACUACUACAAGCAGGUCCAGAAGAUGCUCACCCCCCUCGGCAUCAAGCUCGACGAUUUCUACCGCUUCUUUUUGAUCCCCGGUAUGGAGCACUGCUUGGACUCCGUUCACGAUGCUCCGUGGUACAUUGCCUCGGCUAACCAACCUGGCGGCCUGACCGGCACCAAUGUUUGGGGUGUGCCUGGAUACCGUGACCGGAAGCACGAUGCCAUCCUGGCGCUGAUGGCCUGGGUCGAGAAUGGCAUUGCCCCUGAUGAGCUGAUUGCGACCAAGUUCAUUGAUGACACCCCCUCGGAAGGUGUGCAGGCUCAGCGCCCUCUCUGUGUCUACCCUAAGGAGGCCAAGUAUGUUGGAGGUAACUGGAACGAGACCAGUGCGUUCGAGUGCCGGUGA